AUGCUCGCUCCGUUGCUCACCGUUGCCACUCUUUUGAUCGGUGCGCCCGCCGUGCGUGCAUCGCCAUGCGUUGCAAUGGACAUAAAUUGGAACCUGCUCGCCUUCGGGCUCGGUUCGAAGGACUGGAAUGCAGGAACACAGGAUCAGUGGGGCAGCGCAGGCAAGGCCACUGAUAUCACGACGAGCGGUCGCCCACCAUUCGAUGGUGCGAACACGUCCUGUUACCUUUCCCAGUUCACAAACGCGAUCUACGUAAUGAACGGCGACGCUUCCAAUCCUUCGAACAUCCAUCUCUACGAUGCGACCGCCAAGUCGUGGUCUACACAGACCGUGACCACGGGGACCUUCGACCCCAGCUCUUUCAACGCCAUUCUUGACCACGACACGAACGUUUUCUAUGCGGUGUCAAAGGGCGAGCUCUUCUCCUUGGACAUGGCUCUUCUGACGAGUGCGAACGCCACUGCGCUACCGUGGAACGAUGUCCAGAAGACUCCUUACGGGGACAGUUACCAGCCCGUUAUGGCUCUUGCGCAGAACCAUAUCCACUUCAUCGAUGUUCCUGGCACUCCUGCUGGCGACGCGAAUAUUUUCGUGAUCCACUUUUCGUACUUCCAGCCGGAGGUCCAGUCCUACCCCAUCGCGGAUGGUAGCACAUUCCCCGCCACGCACGGUCAGGCAUCGUCUUUCUUCCAGGAGUCUGGUGUCCAACAAGAGUUCGCUUUCAUCCCCGACGAUGGCUCCAAGACCUACGUGAUCAAUGUGGAGACUAACUCGACGCAAGCCCUCGCCGGGCCCACGACCAAGGACGCCAAAGCGACUUACUUCGCUGGUCUUUCGUCUCUCGUUCAGCUCGAUAGCGCCGGUGCUGUGUCGUACCUUCCUUACCAGCAAGGUAACACAGCGGUGAACUCGGCUGCGACAUGGAGCCCGGUUUCUGCGCUCUCGAGCGUCGUCCCAGUCACCACUAGUGCCAGCUCCGCCGCGGCAUCUGGUACCGCCAAGGCGUCGGGCACGGCCUCUAGCACAGGCAGUGCCAAGGCGUCGUCGUCUGCGAGUCCGUCGUCCUCGAAUACUUCUACUUCGGGUUCUUCGAAUGGCGCGAUGUCGAAAGUAUUCAUGAGUGGCACCCUCGGAGCGUUGGUUGUCGGUGCCGUCGCGCUUCUCCUGUAG